AGCAGUGAAAGUGAUAAGAGCUUUCAAAGCAGAGAGAAGAAAAGUAGCGAAGAACCCGUCAAACAUCAGAAGAUCAGAAAACCUCAGUUGUUAAGUUUGAUUGUUUUCUGAAAAUGAAGAUGACAAGCGGAAAAAUCCCCAUCAGCUCUAUACUGGUUCUCCUGGCCUUGCUGUCCAUCACUGAAGGAAAAAGUCUGCGGGGGUUGGGGAUGGAACUACGCUGCCGCUGCAUCCAGACAGAAAGCCGUCAGAUUCGUCGUCACAUCAGGAAGGUGGAGAUCAUUCCGGCCAAUUCUCACUGUGAAGAAUCUGAGAUCAUUGCCACUCUGAAAAUAUCGGGCCUAGAGGUCUGUCUGGAUCCUGAAGCUCCAUGGGUCAAGAAAGUUAUUGAGAGGAUGAUGUCAAGCAGAAGACUGUAGGCCACGUCAUUGAAUUCUUGGUGUUGGCUUAUUUUUGUCCUUUAUAUUAGAGAAAUUAGGCCUAACUAUUGACUUUUUAUAUUAUAAAUUUGUCUUACAUCCCUAGAACCCAAAUAUAACUUGCAAAGUCCCAUGGUAAAGUUAAUGUUAAGAUUAAUGUUACUGAGUGAAGCCUUUGUGUCAAUGACAAAGACACUGCUGCAUGGGAAAUUGUCAGCCACAUUAAUUCCAUUCUGGUGAGUUUCUCGGCAGGCAGCCAAGACCACCUCUGUUGAGAUAAAUGGUCAAUCAAUUUAGAAUAUUCAAAGAAAUGGAAAAUAAAUGGCAAGAAAAGUUUUUAUUUCUCCAGUAAUCCUUCCUAAAUAACUAAUUGCAUGGGGAGUGAACCCCAGAUGACCGGGUGCAAGUCCGACGCGUCACCUCGAGACUAUCUCCCUGAUUCAAUUUUUAUGGUCAAUAUUCAAUUAAAUAUGUUACUCUUAAUACUAUUCAUGCAUUCUACUACCAACCACUGAAAACCAACAUAAAUAGUAGGCCUAUUCCAAGCAGUCACCGACAAGGGGUGGGUGUUGUGGGGUUUUGCUCUGCGUUCAUGAUCGUCUUUACUGGAUGCACGAAACACGGAAGAGAGGGGCGAGCGGGCUCUGUUUGUUUGGGAUCUCGCUCCAACUACCAACAGAAGUGACGUCACCCGACAUCGCUGAUACAACCUUUAAUGACCACCAUAAACCUUCUGAAUGAUUUACUUUUGGUUGUCCUACCUUUGUUUAUCCCUAUUCAUGUCCUUAUUUGGUUUUCUAAGUAAAUAGCAGAAUGAUUUCAUAGAGACCAACAAGUUUCCAUCUUAAUUCUAAAACCUGCAUCUCUGCACCUAAAUGAAGAAUGAAACAGAUUAAGGGACAACAAUCCUCGCCAAUCAGUGUUAGUGUGUUUGCGUACGCUUUUGAGUAGCAAGUGUAUUCCAAGAGACUAUCAGUUUCCAGGAAAUAUUAUUUCAUUGUAACCUCAGCCCCUAUAGCGAACAGCCUCCCAAUCAAGGUUUGUUUCAUUUGAUAAAUGAUGUCGUCUUUAAAGACUUUAUGAUACUAUUGUUCAUUAUUUUAUGCCUUUCUCUUUCCU